UUUGUUCCCUCCUUCCGGGAUGUUAGACCGCCCAAAGCAUCGAGGACAAAAACAAUUGGCAUCCUCCUGACAGUGCGGCGCAAACACGGAGAUCCAAACGAAUUUGGACAUCGGUUAGAUAUAUUUGAACUGUUAUUAUCAUUGACUGAUACGACAGCUUCAAGGGAGAAAUGGUGUCUCCGGUAACAGUGGUCAAGAGCGAAGGCCCCAAACUAGUGCCAUUCUUCAAAGCAACCUGUGUUUACUUUGUCCUGUGGCUGCCCACCUCGAGCCCUUCCUGGUUCAGUGCCCUCAUCAAAUGUCUGCCCAUCUUCUGCCUGUGGGUCUUUCUGCUGGCUCAUGGAUUUAGCUUCCUCGGUGCUCGCUCCAGCGCCCGCAAGAUUUUGGCUGGUCUCAUCUUUUCAGCUCUGGGUGAUGCCUUUCUCAUAUGGCAGGAACAGGGCUACUUCGUCCACGGCCUUCUCAUGUUUGCCAUCACCCACAUCCUUUAUUCAUCUGCCUUUGGGAUGAAGCCAACAAAUGUGCGUGCUGGCCUGGUGAUCACUGCUGCGUCCGCCCUGUGCUACCUCCUGCUUUACCCCUACCUGUCCGGCCCCUUCACCUACCUGGUGGCUGUCUACACUGCUCUAAUUGGCUUCAUGGGUUGGAGAGCCAUUGCGGGUCUGCAGCUGGCCAACGACCUUUGGACCUGGACCAAGCUCUCGGCCUGCCUAGGUGCCGUGCUCUUCAUAGUCUCCGACCUCACCAUCGCUGUCAACAAGUUUUGUUUCCCCGUGCCCCACUCCCGAGCCAUCAUCAUGGCCAGCUACUACGCUGCCCAGAUGCUCAUAGCUCUGUCAGCUGUCGAGUGCCAGGAUGUGGAGGUUUCCCGGAAGAGAACAUGAGGUGAAGUGGUCCCCAGGAAGCCAGAGGCUGGGGAGACGGCUCCAACUCCGGCCUUGAGUAGUCAUAGACACAUCUCACUGCCAGGUCCCAAACCCCCGGCCUUCAUUUCAGUGUGGCACUCCCACGUGAUUCUUAUCAUGGCGAUUGAUCCACUACACAAUGAUCACCCUGCAAUCCCACUAGUAUGGUAGUCUUAUAUGUAUCUUCUUAUAAAAGAAGAUACUAUAGUAUUAUUUUGAGCCUCUCCAGAGUGCAAUCAAACCUUAGAAAGACUGUUUCUCAAUCAAGUUAUAAAGGAGACAAAUGUAGAAAUAAUAUCUUACAGAAAGCAUUAAUCUACUUGUAAUUGGUUUGAUUUCAGGGGAGCAAGUUGUUGGGCACUUUCAAGCAGUGUGUAUGAGAGAGUGGUUUUCUGUGAGUGUGUCUGUGCAGUUUUGUGAUUGAUUUACACUCUUACCUCAGUUUCCACACAGUCCACAGUCUCCAUACAGACACUCAUUUUUACUUUGAGUGGUCCAUUAAGACGAUUUAAUAGUUAGUAUGUGGUUUUUUUGUUUUUGCUUUAAUGCAUGACAAUUCUGUCAAAAGAGAUAUCUUCAUACAAACCACUAACCAUAUCUGCCGCUCUGUGUCCCCCUUCAUUAAGGGUGCUAAUCUUAGAUUUAGGGGCAUGUUCAUACCGGUUUGAUUAAUUAUUUGCAGUCCCUUUCAUUUCAUUUGCAACAACGUCUCUUCCUUUUGUUAAUUAUGCUCUUUACACUCCCACUCAGUUUGCUUUAAAUAAUUGAAUAUUUAUUUUGUUCCUUUAAGAUCUCUCUGAAUAACUAGAAGAAGCGACUAAAAAAAGUUGUGUAACUAAAAAAAAGUACUGUAGCUUUAGAUGUUGGAUGCCUCCUUGAGGAGGAGAUGUUUCAGUUUUUCAGUUUUAACAUCUACUUGACCCUGCUGUUAGGUCCUACAGGUGCAACAUGUUGUUCUCUGUUCACUUUUUGGAGUUACACCUUCAACAGCACCACACCUGGCACCUAAAACCUCCUGCUGGUUUAGUCAUUAGGAAAUGUUCAUAGGGGGUCUUAUUGUCUGACUCAAUCAGCUGACCUGUGCUGUUAAUGACCGUGUUAUGAAAACAGAAAAAGAAAGGGCUUUGUUGCUGGCUGGACUCAAUUUGUUGAUGAACUCUGCAGGCAGAGUCUACAAGUCUGAAGGCAUGCGCUCACCCGGAACGACGCGCACACAGAUUUACGCAAUGCAACAAACGGGGCCAGGCGGCUUGGGAGAAACAGGGAGACAAGAGAAAGUGGCGAGGGAACAGUUAUCCCAUUAUUCCAGAUUAUUCUUUCUCACAGGACAUUCUGAAAAAAAUCCACUACAGCUUAUCUUCGACAAGUCCAGUUGUAGUUUUUUCCCUUCAUUCCUGCUUUGUCGUUUCUUUUGAGUUCUUUUAUAUUGAAGUGUUAACUACAUCUACAUUUCUGCAUGCUUUUUGAUGCUUUAUUUUGAUUGUGUGUUUUGUGUUUGUCUUACCUGUUGAGUGGAACUCAGACCAGCUCAAGGCCAGAAAUACUGCGACCCAACACAGUUAAUAUGACACAGACACACUGGAUAUGUUCAUUUGUAUAAAGGUUCUUAAAUCUUUGUUUAUUCUAGCUCCUCCUUAGAACUGCAACUUUAUUAUGUAAGUCGCAGGAAUUGUCCGUUUAGAUUUGUUUUGGCUGAGCAGAUUCAAACUAUGACUCUUGACUUUACUGUUUCUGUUGCUGGACAGGCUUUUCUUCACCAUACAGCAACUUGCAAAAGUAUCCAUACCCUCUGAACUUUUUCACAUUUUGACUGGGACAUGCUAAGAGUCAAAUAUGCUUUGAUCUAAACCAUUCCACUGAAGCUCUGGCUGGAGGAUUAGGGUCAUUGCUCCGCAGAAAGGUGAACCUCUGCCCUAGUCUCAUGUUGCUGUCUCCGUAAAGGUUUCUUCCAGACGUUUCCUGCAUUUAGCUCCAUCCAUCUCUCCAUAAACUCUGACCAUUUUCCUUGUCCCUGCUGAAGAGCAGCAUCUCUGCGGCAUUGUUUUCCACCUCACAUUGCAUUUUGCAUGCAGUCCGUUUAAUAUUUACUGAGUCCUCCAUAGAUUUUGGGCAAACUGCCAACACUUCUUAGCUUCCUUUUUGAAUUUUUUUAAUAGAUUUUGAUAUGUAAUCUUCCUGAGAGAAUAAAAAAGUAUGUUUGAAUUGAACCCAAUUUAAGUUUAUUUGUUGAGAGCUCCACUAAUAGUUGUCCUGACAACAGAUUCUCUCACUUGAGAUGUGAACCUCUGCAGCCUUUCCAAAGUUACCAUGGGACCUCUUGUGGCUGCUUCUUUGAUUCAGUUUCUUCUUGCUGGGCCAUUCAGUUUAGAUGAACUACCAUAUCUUGAAAGCUUUGCUGUUCUACCAAACUCUUCUAUUUUCAGAUAAUGGACUGGACAGGGCUAUGUGAAAUGUUCAAAGCUUGGGAUAUUGUUUUUUUUUUUGUGUUUUCCUAACUUUGCUAUAAACUUGUCCAAAACCUUAUCCUUGCCUGUCGGCUAUGCAUUUAUACUGAGAGUAAUUAACUCACAGGUGAACUCUGUAUAUGAAUUCGGUGUCUUUUGAAGGAAAUCGGUUGCUCUCGAUUUCAUUUGGAGGUAUCAGAGCAAAGGGGGCUGAAUACAGAUGCAUACCACACUUUUCAGAUUUGUUUUGUAAAACAUGUUGAAACAAUUGAACGAUUCCCUACUUCUCCUUCACAGCUACGUUUUUCUUUGUCUUGGUCUGUCACAUAAAAUCCCAAUGGAAAGUUUUUGGUUGUAACAUAAAAAAAAUAUUGAGAUGUUUGAAGGCUAUGAAUACUUUUGUGAGGUGCUCUGUCCACGGCUAUUGUCUUCACUGCAUUAGGCGAUUUUUAUGCAGAAUCGGGGUAUCAUUUUUAAAGUUACAGGUAUUUAAAAUGUGCAUCGAAGACAUUUAGAAAAUGAAGGAAAAUACAUAUAAGAUUUUACAUUAAAAAAGUUCUGAAAAAAGUUUGACUGAACUAAUAAGGACUCGUGAUAUGUUCUUUAAGAAUAUGCUUUGAACACUAAGAGGAUUAUAAAUGCUGGCAUGGAAAAACCCCAGAAUGUUUAUGCCCUAAACAGCCGUGGAAAAUUAUUGUUCCUUAUUCCGGGUCAAUGACCCACAGAGCUGCCAGGAUCACUGAAAACACACACACACAUCAAAAUAUGUUUGCAUCACAUGAGCAACAAGAUCUACACUCAUGCAGAUCAUUCUGUCACGUUUGACCAAGAAAAACACCAACUCCCAGCAACCAUUUUGAUCACCACUGUAUCAGUUCCUCAGUCUUCUUUCGUCUCAUCAGUGCCUUUGUCAGCACUAUCUGUUCUCUUUGUCUGUCGAUCAGUUUCAGUGGUCUGCACAUAUGACCAUUAGUCUUCUGUUCUAUAUUUUUGAAUUAAUCCUCCCAGCAUUGCUGAGUUCUUGCAGAGUGUUUCCACUGCGAUAAAUGUAAACCUUUGUGCUUAAAAGCUAUAAACAGAGGUCUACUAGCAGACAUCCAUUAGUCUGCCUACUGUGUUCUAAUAAGACAGAGUAAGUGGCGUGAUUAAUGAAGUGAAGUAGAGAAGAUGGAUCGCACAGAUGAUUCUAGUGUACAGCUUCAAGUUAAACCAAGAGGGGGAUGGCAAUAUUAAGUCAGGGAGUCGUAUUUAUCCUCAGUGUGUGGGCAAUUUAUGUAAGCACUGCUCCUAUGUACUGAGCCAGAAAGAGCCUUCUGACUUUUGUUCCUUCUUCAGGAAUGGUCCCACACUGGAGGCACAAGUAUUUUUGAAAUAUUCCUUGGAAAGCAUAUGCCUUUUAAAACUAGUAUUUUAAGAGAGUGAUAUUUGGAGAUAUUGGUUUAAGAAGCCAUGUCUUAAUCUUUGACGUUUAUUCAUCAGUUGCUUUUGCAAAAGAAUUUAAACCUCUUCAAACUUUUUACGUUUGUCAUAACAGCCAUAAAUGUCAAUAUGUUUUAUUGCGAUUUCUAUGUGCUAGACCAACACAACGUAGUGCAUAUUUGUGAUUUAGAUGAAAAAUGAAGCAGGAUUUUACAGUAUCCUUACAAAUACAAAUCUGAACAUUUGAACAUCUAUUCAACCCUGCCGGGUCAUUACUUUGUAAAACCACCUUUUCCUGCGAAUACAGGUUUUUUUGGGGUUUGUCUGAAGAGGGCCUCCAAUUUGCCUCCAGGAUUUCCAUUUAUUCCCAUUCAUCCUCCCAUCAAUCCAGAUUCUCUGCAUCUAUUGAAGAAAAGCAUCCUCACAGCAUAACGCUGCCACCAACAUGUUUCAUGGUGGGUUCAGAGUGUUUUCCGCAACAAAGCAUCUUGCAUGUUGACCAAAAAGUUACAUUUUGGUCUCAUCUUACAGCACAUUCUUCCACAUAUUUGCUGUGUGUGGCUCACGGCUGCCGUGUUUUACAAGUUUGAAGUUUUACCAUACUCUUACUCAGCCCUGCUUUAGACUUCUCCACAUCUUUAUCCUUUACCUUUCCAGUAUUUUUCUUGAUCGUCAUGAUGCUGUUCGUUCAGUAAUGUUUUGUAACAAACCUCUGAGGCCUCCAGAUGUAUAUGUACUGUUUAAAAUGAAGAUUAAAUUGCUCCCAGGUGAACUCUAUUUACUAACCUCUGAAGGCAGUUAAUUGGAAUGGAUCUUAUUUUGGGAUAAAGGUGGCUGAAUACGCUUGCCACACUUUUCAGAUUUUCUAUGUACAUUUUGAAAACUAUGUAUUAUUUUCCUUCCACUGCAGAAUUAUGACCUACUUUGUGUAGGCCUAUAACAUAUAAUUCAAUUCAGUUUAUUUAUACAGCGCCAAUUCACAACACAUGUCGUCUCAAGGCACUUCACAAAAGUCAGGAACAUACAUUCCAAUUAAUCCUAAUCAUUGAACAGUGCAGUCAGAUUCAGUUAUUUAUUAAAAUUGGAUAAUCUCAAGAUACACCAGUUUCUUUUUGCAACAUAUAACGAUAUGUAAACAUUUUCAGGGGGUAAUCAAAUCAAAGGCACUGAAUAUUACAUUGAUGCAAAAGGAACAAGAAACUGUUUAAAGGGACUGGAUCUCGCUUUUCAAACACCCUUUUGUCUCUGGCUGUGCUGCAUCUGGCCGUCCUUUCCCCCAGGGAGUUUAUUGUUGAGUGAUAUUUCACCUGGAAUAAGGUGAGCUGCAGAAACAUGACACGCAGCAGGAAGAGUCUCCCCCAAUCCAUCAGAUUAGCUCCCAUCCUGUUCCCCCAUAGAUGGCAGACCAGCAGGCGCAUCACUUUACCCAUCUCAGUCAACAGCCCUGUUGUUCUGAGCUUUGCAUGCACAGCCAAAAGGAGACCCAGGAGAGCAUGAAUGCUUCGGCCUUCACAGCUUGAAUUAAGCUGGAGCCGGUUGCUGUUAUAUUAAAAAACAGUGUGUAUCUUUUGAAUAAGUUGGCACUUUCCUUUGAAUUUAUAUGUGUUAUCAGCCUUGAUGUAUACAUCUUUCUUUAAAGUAUUAUUCUUUCAUUUCCAGAGAAUGACAACCAAAAAGAUAAAUUUUAGCAUUUGUUUGUGGGUUUAUUUACACAAAAAAAAAAAAGAUUUUAGUCAUUAAAGCCCAUAGACAUAAAUCAUUUCUUACAGUCUACCUUAUUGUCCUAGAUUUUCACUUUGUGAUUGAUUUCUCCCAUGACUGUGGAGAUGAUAUACUUUUUCUUGCUGUAGUGAAACUCUGCAAUGAAUGUGAAUAUCUGUUGGAGAAAUAAAUGCAAUUGCAAUGCAACUUCA